AUGCCAUGUCCGGGGACAAAUCCCUCAUUAAUCCGAGGUAAGAUAAAUAUCGCUCCUCUGGCCCCCUACCCUCUUGUCUUUCUGUUCAUUUUGUCCUUGCCUUCUUGCAUCUUUGAUGGCCUAUACUCAUGCCUCCAGCAGGACAUUCGCCGUUCAUCGGAUCACCAUCACCGAGGCGGCACCACCACCUCACCAGCGCCUGGGUCCUCGCCUCGCCUCUCCCGAAAUUGCCUCCCCCAGACCUCAAAGAGCUUUUGGGCCAACUGGGUCCAGGCCAACAUCCUCAUAUGGGAAACCAGAGGUUUUGACCCCGUCCUUGUCGAUGACAUUGACGACAUCGACAAUGACGACUUCGGCAACGAGCCACUGGGGCCCAUUCAACAGUACUCCAUUCCUCCCUUCCCCAAAAAGAACGCUGUAGACUCGCUCUUCGGAAGACACCGGAAGCGUGUCUUCGCAGAGCUGGAUCCAAACUUGGGUCCGUCUUUCCACGAGGACUAG